GCACUCGUGUAGCUGCUCUGUUGUCCCGCUCGGGACAAAGGCUCCGAUGAGCCCCAAUCAAAUACUUUCUACGACUAGUCUCCAUAACGCGACGUUCCGCCGAGUGUCGGAAGCGAAAGCGGCUCAUCACACAGUUGUUACGGGCACGAGGACCGAGAAAACACAGUGAGCACCGCAGAGAAGUGGAGGGAAUAACCCGGUGACGACAUGUCAGCCAGAGACACGCUGAGACGCAACAAGACCGCCAUUCAGGAGACUUUGUGCGGCGACUACUUGUUCAUCCUCAACAAGGUCUACGAGGGGAAGCUGAUCAUUCCCCGAGAGUACAGGAACCUGAAGAACAUCAACAAACAGAAUGUCGAGGGCCACGUCGUGGAGCUGGUGGACAAGCUCAUGGACAAAGGAGAGGACCACUGCAAAGACUUCCUGACCCUCCUGCAAACUGAUGAUGAUGUUCAGCAGACGUACCCUGAGCUGAAGAGCAUAUUGAGGGGCACCUGCUUCCUGCCCACGCCUGUUCAAGUGUGCUCAGCUGACGACAAUGAUGUUUCUCCUCCAGAGAGCAAGAGGCGAAAGCAGGAGCUGCAGUAUGAGGUGAACAGCCGGCCCACCGGCCUCUGCGUGAUCAUCAACAACAAGGAUUUCGGGACCGGCAAAGAGAGACGUGGCACCGACAGAGAUGCUGAGAGUCUGGCAGCGGUGUUCAGCUGGCUGGGCUUCAGAGCGCUGAUGUGUCGGGACCAGACGAAGGACCAGAUGGAGCGAGCGCUGGAAUGCUUCUCCUCUCAGAGCGACCUCGUUCAGCUGCGGGAGUUCAACGUCGAGGAGUGGUCCGGCGGCGCGUUCGCCGCUCUUCGAGAUCCUCCGCGGCACGGCGAUGCCUUCGUCUGCUGCAUCCUCAGUCACGGAGCGAAUGGUGUCGUCUACGGCGUGGACUGGCAGCCCCUUUCCCUCAAACGGAUAACUGAAACGUUCAAGCCGACGGCUCAGUCGGCGCUCGCCGGCAAGCCCAAGGUGUUCCUGAUCCAGGCCUGCCAGGGAGGGAAGACGCAGCGCGGGGUGUUUUUGGAAGACCUGCAGGCCGAUGACGCGAGCUCGCCGUGGAUCCCCGAGGAUGCCGAUGUUCUGGUGGCCGUGGCCACCGUUGAAGAUUAUGUGUCAAUGAGGAGCAUCAAAGAGGGGAGCUGGUUCAUCCAAGCUGUGUGUCAGCAGUUGAAGGAGGGCUGUCAGAGGGGUGAAGACAUUACCACCAUCCUCCACCACGUGAACAAUGAGGUGGGGCAGAGAGAGGGCAGCCGGCAGCCGGGGGAAGUCAAGCAGAUACCUGAAGUUCGGUUCACCCUCAGGAAGAGACUGGUGUUGUCUCCAUGCGGCGAUUGAAGCUCCCUCGCCAAAAAUCAUGCUGAAGUAAACUUGAUGCCUUAAUAAUCAACUCAGGGGAAGGACUUUUUUAUAAAUGGAAUCAAUCUUUUGUAUCAUUACACAUUUUGUAUUUGUUAUCACCCUGAACCAUUUACUGAUGUGUGUCUUUUGGUUUUCUCUGCUCAAAGUAUGAUGAUCACUUUGAUACAAACAUUAGCCCUGAAUGCAGAAUACUGGUGGCAUCUAAUGGAGAAAAGCAUUUGUAUUCUUUUUCGACUAUACCUUGAAUAAAAACAGAUCAGCACUUCA